AUUUAAUACAUUUUAGAUAUACUCAAAUUGGCAACUAUUAUCUGCUGUCCCAUAUCCUCAUUACAUAAGGUAGAUAACUUCACACAGGAGCGCGCGACCGCGCACGCAAUCCACCAUACAGUAGGGCUAUGCAUUUGUAUUGUGCUGCGGUUUGGCGUGAAACCUGUGAAAAAGUGCAUGCUAAAAUCAAUGUUUUUCAGAAAAAUACUCUCCCAAAUACAACAAAAUUGACACGAAACAGUGACCUGGUGCUUGUUAGUGACCCGGUGCUGGAAGCACCAAGUGCACCACCAGAACAACCAAUUCUGAUGGAGGACAAAAAAGAGGAGCCAGAUGGUGAUAAAGAGCCAGCAGCAGCCCUAGCCGAGAGUGAAGCGAUGGAGAUGGAGACUGAGGUGAAGCCAGAGGGUGAGGUGAAGGUAGAGGCUGAGAAGAAACCUGAGGAAGUAGCUCCUAAGGAAGAUGAGAACGAAGACAAGGGGAUUGUACCAUCUGACCAACCAAAGGAACCAAGUGAAGAAGCAGUACCAGCAGUAGCAGCGCCGCCAGCACCACCAGUAGCACCACCGGCAUUGACAGUACCACCAGCACCGCCAGUACCACCGCCAGUAGCUGAAGAAGAUGCAAGUGAUAAGGAUGAAGCCCCAGAAGAACCGAUGGAGGUGACAGAGAGCGAGGCUAUUCCGGUUCAGGAGACGGUGGAAACAAGCAUCCUGGAAACCAUGACGACGACCACCGAGGAGGAGGAGCGAACACUGGAGCAGGAGUCUAUGCAGGAGGAGGCAGCAUCCAUGGUGGAAGAUGUGAUGAUGGAGGUGGAGAGCAAGGAGAACAUCUCGGAUGAUGUGACGGUCUCAUCCCAAGAUAGCGGGGAUAAGACAGACACUGAAAAGCUGGAGCCCUCUGGAGAUUGCUAUUGUGGAGAAGGAAGAAACUAUGAAGAUGUGGAACUUCAGUGCAACCAGUGCUUCAAAUGGUUCCACAAGGCAUGCAUUACGACUGUUAAUGUUGUAAAUACUCUUCCAUACAUGACCACCUACACAUUCUGCUGUAAGAACUGUAAUGUCAGCAAACUGGAGACUUUCAGCAGAAAAGUUGCAAACUUCAAGGAGCUUUGCCAGUGUGCCCUAGCCAAUCUCCAGGCCCAGCACAAGACACAGGAUCCACCCAAGACCAUGUUCUCUAAAGAGACCGACCUCAUUCCAUUCAUCGAUACCCACUGGGAACAACUCACACCCAUGCCUCGACGCACCACCAUCACGUGGCAUGGCACCAUUGUCAAAGCUAUGAUGAAAGAUGAUGAUGUGUUUGUGUGCAAGGAGAAGCCAGACGACCCUGAAGCAUCCGAUGCAGAGUUCCCAAUCUUCGGCCUACUUGAUCAGGAUCUUUCCAAGAUAACGCCAAACUCUGAAUCCAAGUUAGGAAGCAGCCUUAAACUAGACAGCUCUCAGAAACUCAGCUCAUCUCUCUCAAGCUCUCUCAAUGGUAACUCCAAUCUGGUAUCAUCACAGAGGAUAAGCAGGAGCGCUAAGAGGAAAGGAUUUGAUAGCAACCAGGGAGUGACGUCAAGUAAAAGAACCAGAAGUGAAUUACCUGCAUCUCAAAAGCUGCCUGCCCACGGCUACCCAUUAGAGCACCCGUUCAACAAGGAUGGUUACCGGUAUGUCCUGACAGAGUCUGACCCCCAUGCCCCUAGUAGUGCCUUUGAGGAGGACCAAUGGAUAGGCAAGCCCAUCCCAGCCCAUCUUUACAGGAUGGCUCUCAGCAAGGAUGUGCUCUUAGCUCUUCAUGAUAGGGCCCCACAGCUGAAGAUUUCUGAGGAUCGUCUCUUGGUGACCGGGGACAGAGGUUACUGUAUGACAAGGGCAACCCAUGGUAUCAGCAGGGGGUCAUGGUACUUUGAGGUCAUGAUAGAUCAGAUGCCAGAGGGCAGUGCUACAAGGUUAGGAUGGUCUCAACCACUAGGUAACUUGCAAGCUCCUCUCGGCUACGACAAGUUCUCCUAUUCCUGGAGGAGCCGUAAGGGGACCAAGUUCCACGAGAGCCGGGGGAAGCGCUACAGUGAAGGCUACGGAGAGGGCGACACGUUAGGAUUCUUCAUUCAGCUUCCAGAGAAGACAGAGAAGGAUCCAAUCAUCCCUCCGACCUACAAGGACAGAGCCCUGAUUAAAUUUAAGAGUCAUCUGUAUUUUGAGGAGAAAGACCAGACAUCAGAAGCAGAAAAGGCUCUCGUUCCUACGACAGGCACAAAGAUUAUCUUCUUCAAGAAUGGCCAGAGCCAGGGAGUUGCCUAUGAGGAUGUGUAUGAAGGGGCAUACCACCCAGCAGUCUCUCUUUAUAAACAGAGCAUCGUCACUGUUAACUUUGGGCCAGACUUCAAGUACCCGCCAAUAUCGCUCCAAGACUACAGACCAAUCAGCGAUCUGGCCUACCUGUCGGCCGUGGAACAGACUAUAUCAGACAUUCUAUUUAUAGUGGAGCAUGAAAAGGACUACGAGUUGGCUGCCCGAGGCGUUCUCAUCGACAUUUAAUUUAACUCCGGGGUCUAAGAUUAUUUGAGCUGGGUUCUGUGGAUGUGUGUCACUCCAUAGUUGAAUGGCAUCCAACAAGCCAAGUCACCUUUUGCGUGUUUAUAUCAAGAAGCUGCAAACUCUGGAGGUCUGUUUACUUAUGGUCUUGCAGUCCAUGUUGAACAGGUGCUUGUCACUGAACCUGCACAAUGACCUUACACUGGAGAAGAACACAGCACUAAUGUCCUUUGGCAAGACAUUAAUCUACCCUUGCCACUCUCCACCCAGGUGUUAAAGGGGUACCAGUAGGAAGGAAUUCCUUGAAUGCCUUGAGCACCUUGCAUGGUGGAUACGUGCGCUAUAUAAGAAUCCUAUAUUAUUAUUAUUAUUAUUACGAUGUCACUUUGGGUGGAGAUCUACUCUGUAAAGAUUCUCUUGGGAAAAGAUUUUAUUUGCAUUUAUUUUGUCUUACUAAAGAAAAAAUCCUUGCUUGAUGCAAGUUUUAGUAUUGACAAUUUUCUUCCAGCUUUUUGGUGAUCCAUAACAAGGUGAUAUUUCUUGUGAAUAUGAACAUACACAUUCUUCCAAUGCUUAUCUUUCUCGCUAUUUUUGCUUACAAUUAGUGUUAGGGUAGCUGUAGAAGUUUCAUGAAUGAAUUUCUGGUAAAACUUGGCAAAUAUUGGGUGUAUACAGCCAGCAUGACUUGAGUAACUAUAUUUAUUUAUUUACUUCCACAAGGAUUAAUAUUUUACUUCAGAUACCUAGAUUUGGCAACUUUUCAGUUAAGAUUCUAGGUUUGGGGUGAGGUCAAUUAAAUUUGGCAAAAACUGUAUCCAAAUUUUCUGUUGGCUGUGUCCUUUAUACAGGAUUAUUCAUAACUUAGGGAAAGUACUUCAGUCAAAUCCCAACCAAACUUUAGAGAUAAUUAUGUUAAUAAAAAAUUGAAAGAAUGAAGACACACUUGAGCAUUCUGAUGUCUACUAUCAGAGAAAAACAGGAACGAAAUGUGUAAGAUAAAACCAAAAGCUAAAACUAGCAAUUAAAGGAAUAAAGCAAGAAACAACUGUUUUUAAUCAAAUCAUUCUACGUUUAUUAACAUAACAGCGAUUCAGGUCUUAACAAUGACAUAACAGUUCUACUGUUCAACAAUCCUUAAAAGUGAAAUGCAUUGAGCUAUUGAGAGUAAUUGCAUGUAACCUGGUAAUUCUCUCAUCCAAUAUUUAAAUUGUAUAAUCUGUUCUGAUGACAGAAAUUCUAUUUUAUUCUUAUUGUACUUACAUGCCGGGACCUGUUUCUGAGCACUGUUUUAUAAAACUUGUUAUCAAUAACAAGUCACAACAACUGCCAUAAGCUUCUGAAGUUCUUGCAUUUGAUUGGCUGUAAUAAACUGUGAUAGAAAAGUGACCCUUGUUAUUGAUAAAGGUUUUAUGAAUCAGGACCCUUGUUAUCUAUAACAACUGCUCAAUUUCUAUGAACAGUUUGCUCUCAGCCAAUCAGAUGCCAUGAUUUCAGUAGCUUAUAACAGUAGCUUGUAACUUGUUAUUGAUAUCAAGUUUCGUGAAACAAGACCCAGAUCUAUUUAACCCUUGAAAUAAUCUUGUCCUUAAUGACUUAUCAGAAACUGUCUAUAUCCAAAAGUGAACAAUAUCAGACAGUACCUGUAUUUCUGUAUCAUUGCAGCUAUUGUCGGUCACAUGUUCAUAGCCUCAAACUUUAUUGAAGUUGUAAAGAUGAAAAUGUGUACAAGGCCCUGUCAAAAUUGGAUUUGUGUUGGAUAUGUUGGGCCUUAAUGAGGACAGAUCUAAUCAGCUACAAGUUGACUAGUCUGACUUCAACGAAGCUAGCAGCCGACCGGGUCUUUGUCUGAUCUAAAUUUAAAGCGACUUUGUAGGAUGUCAAUCAAGAAGAAGUCACAUUUGCAUAUCACUUGUACAUGUAUUACUGGUGUAUUUUUUUGUUGUGAAAGUGUUCAGUUCAGUCUAGGGAACCGUUCAAUUAAUGCUGAAUUCUGAAGCAUAGCUUCUGAGGUAGAUAUGAUAUGUGUUUCAAAUCAUACUCCUGAGCAUUGUAUAUGAAAUUUUGAUAAUUGGGGAAAUAUCCAUUUAUAAACAUGAACACAGAAGAAAGCUUAAAUUAGUCAGACUUGUGUCAAAGAAUUACAUUAGCAGUGGAGUUAGGAGCCAUAAUGGCAUUCACUCUGUGUUUGUUUUCGCUCUUCUGGCUUCAAGAUAGACGAUGUUAUCUUGUAUCAAACUGACCAAAUCUACGUCAAUCAUAAGUGUGACUGCCUUUUUGUGGUCAAGCUUUUGAAAAAAUGUGUAAAUAUUUUGAUGAUUUGUAAUAAAGCCCAACAUACAAAUA